AUGCAGUCCAUCAAGCGCACUCUCUUGCUCCUGGGAGCUGUCCUUCCCGCGGUCCUAGCUGGUCCAAUCUUCCCACACCGUCGCGCGCCUACCACUAUUCCUGGCAAGUACAUUGUCACCUUCAAGUCGGAUGUCGACCAGGCCGCGAUUGACAAGCACACCGCGUGGGCGACCGAUAUCCACAAGCGCAACCUGCAGCGGCGCGACUCGUCCGAGGAGGACCUCCCCAUUGGCAUUGAGCGGAACUUCAAGAUCAACAAGUUUGCCGCGUACUCGGGCUCCUUUGAUGAGGAUACCAUUGCGCAGAUUCGCCAGAGCGACGAGGUCGCCGCGGUCGAGGAAGACCAGGUCUGGCACCUGUUCGACCUGACCACCCAGUCGGACGCCCCCUGGGGAUUGGGAAGCAUCUCCCACAAGGGUCAGCCCAGCACGGACUACAUCUAUGACACCAACGGCGGCGAGGGCACCUACGCUUACGUCGUAGACACCGGCAUCAACGUGGACCACGAGGAAUUUGAGGGCCGUGCGAGUCUCGCGUACAACGCUGCCGGUGGCCAGCAUGUGGACGGUGUCGGCCAUGGCACCCACGUUUCUGGUACAAUUGGUGGUAAGACAUACGGCGUGGCCAAGAAGGCCAACCUGCUGUCGGUCAAGGUCUUCGUCGGGGAAUCGAGCAGCACAUCCAUCAUCCUGGACGGCUUCAACUGGGCGGCCAAUGACAUUGUUUCCAAGAAGCGCACUGGAAAGGCAGCGAUCAACAUGAGCUUGGGCGGUGGAUACUCCAAGGCCUUCAAUGAUGCCGUCGAGAACGCUUUCAACGAGGGAGUCCUGUCCAUCGUCGCUGCCGGCAAUGAGAAUACCGACGCCUCGAGCACCAGCCCGGCUUCUGCUCCUGAUGCCUUUACCGUCGCUGCGAUCAACGUGAACAACACCCGUGCCUAUUUCUCCAACUACGGCUCCGUGGUGGAUAUCUUCGCCCCGGGCCAGAACAUCCUCUCUGCCUGGAUCGGCUCCAACACGGCCACCAACACCAUCUCGGGCACCUCCAUGGCCACCCCCCACAUUGUCGGCCUGUCCAUCUACUUGAUGUCGCUGGAGGACCUCAGCAGCCCCAAGGCCGUCAGUGACCGCAUCAAGGAGCUAGCGACUCGAGGCGUCGUCAGCAACGUUGCCGGUAGCCCCAACCUGUUGGCGUACAACGGCAACGCCUAA